AUGUCAUUAAAUGGAAAAACCGAUUUGGAAAAAUCUGGCACAGCAAUUAACGUAUCAGCUUCCACUAUUUCCGAAAACAAAACAACAGGAUUUGAAUUUUAUGAAAAAGCUCAAGAACUCUCUCUAGAAGAGGAAGAAGCAAUCAGGAAAAAAGUGGUUUGGAAAGUGGAUAUGAGAAUUGUUCCAUUAUUGUGUAUAACAUAUACAUUACAAUUCUUAGACAAAUUAUCAUUAAAUUAUGCCGCUGCUUAUACUUUAAAAGAAGAUUUGAACUUGUAUGGUCAAAGAUAUUCAUGGUGUGCUGCCAUUUUCAAUUUUGGUUAUCUUGCUGGAGCAUUACCAGCAAACUAUGUUAUUCAAAAAUUACCCGUUGCUAAAUUCACUGGAUGUAUGUUGUUCUUGUGGUCUAUUAUCUUGAUUGGUCAUAUUGGUUUGCAAAAUUAUGGUGGCAUUUUGGUGAUUCGAUUUCUUUUGGGAUUGUUUGAAUCAAUGAUUAGUCCUUCGUGUAUGGCAAUUUGUAACAAUUUCUAUACUGUGAAAAACCAACCUUUAAGAAUGUGUAUUUUCUUAUCUUUCAAUGGGGUAGCUACUAUCGUGGGGUCACUUCUUAGUUGGGGGCUUGGACAUGCCGAUGAAUCAAAAUUGAAAAUAUGGAAAUUGAUUUUCUUGGUUAUUGGUCUUAUGAACUUUGUUUGGUCAGGAAUUUUUCUUUGGUUAUGUCCUGAUUCACCUAAACUGGUUAAAUUCUUAACUGAGGAUGAAAAAGCUGUUUUAAUCAAAGAGGUAGCCACUAAUAAUCAAGGUUUAGGAGAUUCCAAAUUUAAAAAGAAUCAAGCAAUUGAAGCAUUACAAGAUUUGUUUGUAUAUUUUGUUGCAUUGAUUGGUCUUGCAUGCGGAGUAAUCAAUGGUGGGACGUCAAAUUUUGCAUCUUCAUUAAUCAAAGGAUUCGGAUUCACAGGAAUUCAAGCAACAGCAUUACAAAUGCCUCUUGGUGCAGUAGAAUUAGUGGUCGUGGUAGCUGCUGGUAUUGUUGUCUUUACAGUCAAGAACAUGCGUUGCAUAGUUUUAUUUGUCAUUUGUAUUCCACCUUUGGCUGGUCUCAUUGGUCUCCAUGUUAUUCCAUUAACACACAGAUGGGCUCUAGUUGGUUGUUCUUUCUUGCAGUUUAUCAUUGGGGGACCAGUUAUCUUGUGUUGGAUUUUAUUGAAUGCCAAUGUGUCAGGGUCUUCAAAGAAAACCAUAGCUAAUGGAGUUUGGUUUGUUAUGUAUGCCGCUGGCAACAUAAUAUCACCAAAUAUCUUUUAUGCGAAAGAGGCACCCAAAUACCGUAGUGGUAUAAUUGGCCUAAUUUCUAGCUAUUGUGGAAUAAUGGUUUUGGCAAUAGCAAUAAGAUUAGUUUUUAUGCAUCGUAACAGAAAGAGAAACUUGGAACAAGGUGGUUACAAUGAACAAAUUGCAGAACAAGCAUUAUUAGAUGGAUUCAAAGGCUUGACUGAUUUUGAAAAUACAGGAUUCCGAUACUCUUUGUAG